AUGUCUGGGGCUACUGAAUGGAGCGUUGAAAACACUCAGAUUAUCUGCGAGUUGUUUGCUGAGCAAGUGAACGCUGGAAAUAGGCCAGACAAUUACUUGACACCAAAUGCAUUUGAUGAGGUAGGAAGGCAAUUUAAGAUGAGAACUGGGCUAGACUACACAUAUACACAACUAAAAAACAAAUGGGACAAGCUUAAAGGUGAUUUCAGUUUGUUCAAGAAACUCAAGUUCUGGGAGACCGGAGCUGGAUGGGACUAUGUGAACAACACCGUGUCACAAGAUGAUGAGUGGUGGAAAAAGGCCAAAAUUGAGAGUUCUUUCGCUAAUGACAUUAAAGGUUGUGGCAAGUUCAAGAAGAAAUGUCUUGCUAAUGAGCAAAACUUGCGGAUUAUAUUUGGAGAUAUCACAACUGAUGCGGUGAAAGCCGCCAUCAAUGUUGAUGAGAUCGAAGAUCUUGAUUUGGAUGAUACCGAAGAACAAACAUCUCAGGCAACACCUACUUCAUCUAAAACCGCACAAGUGAUGUGUGAGCAAGUUACAAGAAUUGGUGACAUUGCUGAGGCUUCUCACUCAUCAUUCCAGUCUUUCAUGAAGCAAGAUGAGGCAAACUGUGUCACCUCGGUCAUGGAUGAAGUCAUUGCUUGUGGUGCAACAGUCGGUACCGAUGAGUUCUUCAUGGCUAGCGAGUUGUUUGUGAAGAGGGCGCAAAGGGAGAUGUUUCUGUACAUUCCUCUUGAGUCCCGAAAGAGUUGGUUGCGUAGGAAGUAUGACUUGAAGUAUGGGAACUAG